CGCGUGUAGCCAUAAAGGUUCUCUCCACCUGUGCAUGCGUUCAUCCGAAACCGGUCCAGUCUGAUCCGCGAGCCUGCCUCUGAUUGGCUGCAGAGAAACGCGCUCUCAGCCCACCCACCGCUCGUUAUACUCCCUGCUCUCUCUCUCUUUUCCUCGCAUUGAGUCUGGGAUCAUGGCAGCUACGCACAGCGAGUACCGAGGAGGCUACCUGCGGAGCGACAUGGAGGCCGGGCAGCACCGCUUCCACCCGGGAUCCGAGCCCACUUACCGGCCGCUGCUCUUCGGGACCCUGGCUGUUAUGGGAUUGCUUCAAGUGGCCUCCAGCGUGGCGAUCCUAUUACACCUGACGGGAUAUCUGCAGGAGGUAGAUUUGUCCACGGCUCCUCACCGACCCAUACAGGAAGUGCAGACGGAGCCGGUGCUGGACGCUCUGAGAGACACGAGGAAAAAAGGACGCUGCAAACAUCCAAAAGAGAGUCUGCCAUCAGCGCAUCUACCAAUCAAAGCACAGGAGUUCUCCAAGAAAGGCGAGCCCAAAGCCGUCACCAUCGACUGGGACGAGCUGCACGGAUACCGCAACAAGAUGGGCUACCAGAAGGGCAAGCUGCUGGUGGAGGAGGCGGGUUUCUACUACAUCUACGCCAAAACCUGCUUCCGCUACUACAACCUGGAGCUGGACGACGGCAGCCAGGUGGACGUCAGCAACCGGCAGCUCAUCCAGUACGUGUACCACGAGAAGAUCAAACAGAACAGCAAGUCAGCGCUUCUGAUGAAGACGGGCAGCACCAUGCGCUGGAACAUCACCAGCUAUAACAUGUACUGCGCCCAGCAAGGAAGAGGGGUUCGUCUGGAGGAGGGGGACGCUUUGUACGUGACCGUGUCCAACGCAUGGGUGCUGGACCCCGAGGGAGAAGGGACGUAUUUCGGGGCGAUAAAAUUAGGUAAUUGAGAGUUAAAAGACGAGAGGAGCGGACAUGCUACUGAACAUUUGCCAAAGAACCACUGUUAGUGAUUUAUAAGUGUUGAUAAAAAGUGUCUUGUUGUUUUUGUACUUCACCAAAUAGCCUUUGGAGCACUCGAUGAGAAAAGACAUGGAAAUGGUUCAGUCCCCGAAAGAAAGUAUAUGACACACAGCUCUUAAAUUCAUCUAAAAUAGCACUGGACUCUUUUUUUUAUUAUUAAGUAUUGUGACAUUUCAAUACAUUUCAGCUCAGAUUACGACUUAAGCACCGAUGUGUUUAUGGACUAACUAAACAAACCACAAGGGAGAAACUUGGGAAGUCGGUUUGCUGGCGAGGCGCAAAGUGAGGAAGGAUUUAUCAAUGUUGGAGAAAAUGUCCGGUAGAAACACGGAGCAUCUGCUUGUACUUAGCGGAUUAGAACAGAAUAAAAACAACAGGUUUGCACACGGCACUGAUCACAAACGUCUUCCUGAAGAGUUCUGUACGUGUGAACGAGGAAGUGGUUAGUCUCUGAUCGGAGUAACUAUCACAACAGGGGAUAUAUCCAGAGGUGGAAAAAGUAUUCAGAGUCUUUACUGGGGUACUAAUACCACUCUAAAAAUACUCAAUUUGAAGUAAAAGUACUGUAGUGACAAUGGUACUUAAGCAAAAGUAUUUAAUACUACUCUAAAAAUACUCAAUUUGAAGUAAAAGUACUGCAGUGACAAUGGUACUCAAGCAAAAGUAUUUAAUACUACUCUAAAAUACUCAAUUUGAAGUAAAAGUACUGCAUCGACAAUGGUACUUAAGCAAAAGUAUUUAAUACUACUCUAAAAUACUCAAUUUGAAGUAAAAGUACUGCAGUGACAAUGGUACUAAAGCAAAAGUAUUUAAUACUACUCUAAAAUACUCAAUUUGAAGUAAAAGUACUGCAGUGACAAUGGUACUCAAGCAAAAGUAUUUAAUACUACUCUAAAAUACUCAAUUUGAAGUAAAAGUACUGCAUCGACAAUGGUACUUAAGCAAAAGUAUUUAAUACUACUCUAAAAUACUCAAUUUGAAGUAAAAGUACUGCAUCAACAAUGGUACUUAAGCAAAAGUAUUUAAUACUACUCUAAAAUACUCAAUUUGAAGUAAAAGUACUGCAUCGACAAUGGUACUUAAGCAAAAGUAUUUAAUACUACUCUAAAAUACUCAAUUUGAAGUAAAAGUACUGUAGUGACAAUGGUACUUAAGCAAAAGUAUUUGAUACUACUCUAAAAAUACUCAAUUUGAAGUAAAAGUACUGCAUCGACAAUGGUACUUAAGCAAAAGUAUGAUAAGGAAGAUGUGCUUAAAGUUUUAGAAGAAAAGUACAUGUUGCAGAAAAAACUCAUAACAUAUUUAAAUACUUUAAAGCAAAAGCAGUACAUCUUCACAUUUAAGAAGCUGCCGAUUCAUUUUGUGUUAACACACUCGUGCUAGUUUCCUAAAUGUAAUGUUGGAUGGUUUAAUCUAUACCAAAACAUCUUAUUUGAAGAGUUUUUCCUAAUUAUUGUGUGUCAAAAUCUACAAGUAAAAAGUACAAUAUUGGCUUCCAAAAUGUAGUAUAUUAGAAGAAUAGUAAAAGUACCUCAAAAGUGUACUUAAGACCAGUACUUGAGUAAAUGUACUUAGUUACUUUCCACCACUGGUUAUAUCACCCUGAGACCACCGUUCAUAGUUUAAUAUGAUUCACUGUUUUUUAGCAACAGAUCAGAUUAGUUUUGCUCCAAAAACUCAUUUCUCUCCACUUCUCAGUCUAAAGAGUGAACUGCUUGAUUGAAGGCAAUUACACGACAAUGUCAUUUUGAACUAAGGAGGAAAUGACAUGUGUUUGAUAUGUUUAUGACGAUUGAAAAAAGAAAAAGGGAUGCAGAUAGCUGGCCUGUCUGACCAUCAAUGACAUGAAUAGACUGUUGUCUUCUUAAACUAGAGGAGCCAAAUUGACUUUGGUUCAUCUUUUAACUUAAAUUUUGUUUUUCAUUUGGCUCUUCACCGAGGUAAAUGGGAAUAUGCACUAAAUAUUUAUUUAUUAGCUAUAGAAGUACAGAGACGGGUCAUUGUUAAAAUGACCUCUCGUCUGUGUGACAUCCAUUAUGCAGCACUUAGAGGAAAUAGUAGACACGCUUUUUGUUAUUAAAACACAGGGGCUUCAUUUUAAAUUCCAUAUUUAUGUAUCUUGAUUUUUUUGUUGACAAUUCUGUGUGCACUUGCCUAGCCAAAAGCAACAUGGACAUCAUGUUUCUUCUACAAGAUUGUAGCAUACCUGUAAAAUCUUCAUCUGAUUUCCAUUCAAUGUUUUUUUUUAUUUAUGUAAUGUAUGUUUUAAUAAAAAAAAGUACUUUUGUAA